AUGAUUCUUUUACUUUUACUCUCCUUGAUAGGCAGAAGCAGUCAGCUAACGCUAAGUGACUGUGGGACAGAAGCAAGACUACCGAGUUUCACUGAUAUUGCAGUUCAGUGUGGUACUUCAUCGGUUUCUCUGGCAAUUCAAAUGUGCCCAGUCAUCUAUACCGGCUACAAUGAGACGCUCCUGAUCCUGAACAACAUAAUGGAUCCAGCCUGCAGAGCCACCCUCGAUACCUCUGUGUUUCCACCUGUUGCUCGGUUCAACUUUCCGCUGAACAUGACCAAUGCCUGUGGAAGCAUAUUCAGGACCACCAGUGCACCUGGGACAGGUCCGUUUGCUGACUUUUCCAACAUCCAAACGGUGAACAUCAGUGGUGCUGUUCGUUCCUUUGAUCCCACAACUGGCGCCAUCACUUACAACGCUGAGCUGAAGUACUUUUACUCUUGUGCCUAUCCUUUAGAGUAUCUGGUCAACAACACCCAGAUUAAUGUAUCAUCCUCUUCUAUCUCAGUCAGUGACAACAAUGGAAGUUUCAUUAGCACGUUGAGCAUGCAACUCUUCAGUGAUGCCAACUUUACUAGACCAAUGGUCAUUCCACAACAGGGGAUUGAGCUGAGGACCAAUGUGUUCGUUAUGGUCAAAGCCACCAACUUGACAGGCCAGUACAAUGUCCUGCUGGACCGGUGCUACGCCUCCAUCACCCCUCUACCUUCCAACUCCACCUUCUUCAACCUGUUCGUCCCCUGCUCCCAGGAUCGCUUCACAAACAUAACUGAGAACGGAAAUAGCCAAACCGCCCGCUUUGCUUUCCCAGCCUUCCGUUUCGUCGAGCAGCAGAACCAGACUGUGUCCACCUACUACCUCCACUGCAUCACCCGUCUCUGUGAGAUAAGCACCUGCAGUUCCUUCCUGAGGUGCAACAGGAGGAAGAGAAGCACUCUUGACACUACUGAAGCGGACAUUUCCAAGACUUACACCCUCACCUCUCCAGAGAUCAUCACCAAAGCUGACACCACUGAGUCCAAGGAGAAGCCCCUUGUUGCAGAGGGAGACAACUCUGGUGUCAGGGUUGGUGUGGCUGUUGGGGUUCUUGCUAUUGCUUGCAUAGUUGCCCUUAGUGUUGCAGCCUUGUUUUACAAAAGGCUCAAGAACUAA